GGAUUUCAAUUAUCUGCAGAAGCCAUCCAAUAUGUCCACUAUACCCAGCCACCUAUUGUAACGUCCAUCCACAUGCCUAAACCAGCCAUCUUAUUUUCUAAGCAGCAUAAAAGGGGAGGAGUAAUGUGGAUAAAAUGGAUACUCAGAUAAUCAGUGGCCUUACAGCCAUUGUAUGGAAGGUGAAAGUUCCAUUCCAUUUAAAUGAAGCCAUCCUGCUGUCAUUAUAAAUCUAAAAGGUUCAGCUUUGUGGAAGGAUUUAAUGGUAACCCUUCAGCGGUAAUCGGAUUAGAGAGGCUCGUAUAACUGCAUGGUCUGAAGAACAGAUAAAAGAAACCAGAGUUCAAACUCACCACAGAGGACAGACAUUGAGCUGUGUGGUACAGAAUCAACUCGCUGUUCUGAGGCUUUGGUUUUGGCGAUCAUAUACCCCAGAAAUGCCUGCAAAUUUCAAUGGUUACUGGAAAAUGCUUAGCAAUGACAAUUUUGAGGAGUAUCUGAAAGCACUGGAUGUAAACAUUGCUGUGAGAAAAAUUGCCAACUUGCUAAAACCUGACAAAGAAAUCAUUCAGAAUGGAGAUCAUAUGAUCAUUAAAACGCUAAGCACUUUUAGAAACUACAUCAUGGAAUUUGAUGUAGGAAAAGAGUUUGAGGAGGAUUUAGCAGGGGUGGAUGAUCGCAAAUGCAUGACUAACGUGAGUUGGGAUGGAGAUAAACUUCUUUGCGUACAGAAAGGAGAAAAAGAAGGCCGUGGUUGGACCCAGUGGAUUGAAGGAGAUGAAAUGCAUCUGGAGAUAAGAGUAGGCGGUGUCAAAUGUAAACAAGUCUUUAAGAAGGUACAGUGAACCUAAUCUGCCCAUUGCUGAUACAGAGAUGAAGACGAACAGAAUAGAAUGUAUGGACUUGCUACCAAAGCGCCACAUGCUCUUAGUGCCCAAGUAUAUCCUUAACAUCUAGCGAGCAGAACCCUGUGAACAUCUGUGCACAUGAAAUUAGAACUGUAUAGUGCUGUCUUUGCAAAAAGGAUUUUUUUUAAAGAAAUCAUUCUAAAUAAACAAUCAUUUUUAAAAAUGCCAAUUAAAGAUACUGAA